GAGCUGGCCCGCCUGAAGGUGCAGCAGAAGGUGAGCCGCAACGAGGACCUGCUGGCCCCUGCGCAGGCAGUGAGCCCCGGAGCCUCCCAGGUACCACGCUACGUCCGAGUCAACGCCCUGAAGACUUGUGUGGAUGAUGUGAUUGACUUCUUCAAGCGCCAGGGCUACUCCUACCUGGGCAAGGCAGCCAGUGUGGAGGAACUGAGGGCCCUCUCCGGGAAGAAAUUCUUGUUGGACCUUCAUCUCCCAGAGCUGCUAGUUUUCCCUCCGCAGACAGACUUCCACGACAACCUGCUGUACACUUCAGGACACAUAAUUCUGCAGGACAAGGCCAGCUGUCUCCCUGCCUUCCUCCUCAGCCCUGCCUCUGGCUCUCAUGUCAUCGAUGCCUGUGCUGCCCCUGGGAACAAGACCAGCCACCUGGCUGCCAUCCUGAAGAACAAGGGCCAGAUCUUUGCCUUUGAUGUGGACACCAAGCGCCUGGCCACCAUGAACACCAUGCUGAUGCGGGCUGGGGUCACCAGCUUCCAGCUGGCCCAGCAGGACUUCCUGACUGUGGAUCCCGCAGACCCCAAGUACAGCAAGGUGACCUACAUCCUCCUUGACCCAUCCUGCAGCGGCUCAGGGAUGGUGAACCGGCUGCCAAGGGAGGAGGCUGCCCCGAGCGCCGAGCGGCUGCAGGCGCUGGCUGGCUUCCAGCGCAAGGCCUUGAGCCAUGCCCUGAGCUUCCCGGCGCUCCAGCGCCUGGUCUACUCCACCUGCUCGCUGCACCGGGAGGAGAACGAGGAUGUGGUGCAUGCCGUGCUGCAGGAGUGGGGUUCAGCCUUCGGGCUGGUGAACGCCUUUUCUUCCUGGCCCUGCCGAGGACUCGCUGCCUUCCCUGGGGCAGAGUGCUGUCUCCGCGCCUCUCCUGCAGACACGCUCACCCACGGCUUCUUUGUGGCUGUCCUGGAGCGGCACAGGGAAGGGGCUGUUUCCCCCAGCUCCCUGCCUGCAGCAGCUGAGGAGAACCUGCAGCAUAGAGAGGGAACGGAGCCGAGAGCAGCUCCCAAGAGGAGGAAGAGGAAAAAGCAGCGGGUGAAGGAAUGA